ACAUACAGGUGGAAGGGGGCGAUAUUCGCCUAAGGAACGUCUAAAAGGCUGACCUCUCCCAAAGAAGAAGAAAAGAAGCGGCGCGCUCAACGCCUGAAUUUGAAUCCUGUGGACUGCGAGUCGUCUCCCACAAUGGCUCAAUGUCACAAAUUUCAAGACUUGGAGGAGACCGGGGAGGCUUUGGUGGGCUUCAUCAACAGCAGUCAGCCUGACAAACUGACACGAGUGAAAGAUGAACACCAGGCUCUUUUUGAUCAACACGUAGAAACGACAAAUACUGUCACACAAAUUUUAAAAGAUUUGGCUCAGAUUGAGGAGACUGUAGGUCAGAGGCUGUUGGACAUGGAAGAGGAGAAGAAACGAAGGGAGAUGGAGCUGGAGAGCUUGGAGGAGCAGUUGAGGCAGUGCACAGCCAAGAGCCAGAUCACUGACUCAGAAUUACAGUUUCUUCAGAGAGAGUUGGAGAGUCUGAGAAAUACUGAGCAUGAACUUGAGGCUAUUCAGAAUGAAGUGGAUGAAGACACCACCGAGGUCAUCCCUUCAGCAGUAUAUGUGGCUCAGGUGUACUACCUAAUAACCAAGAUCAAGUGGGAAUAUGAUACCCCGCCCAACAUUUUAAAAGGAGUCCACUAUGGUGCAGACCUGGCAACGCCCAUCAACCUCGACACCUCGACGCGCUGUCGGAGUGACGUAAGCGACCAGCUGUGGAGUUUCAUCAGCACCGAAUGGUGAAGCUGAAUCAGGGAUGUGUAGUAGGCAGAGGUGUUAUAUCCAUUGUUUUUUGUUUGUCACUGGAUGUGCUUGUUCUUUUUUUAUGUUUGUAAAAAUUAAAAGUCUCACACCCUUGUUUUAGUGCUUAUUCUAGGCUGUCAGAUGAGACAGUGGUUUGUUGUCACUAGAUGUCACUGCAGAGCCACCCAGUGCUAAAGCGUGUUUUCUAAAUAUUUAGGUGGUAUUUUGAUUUACUCAGUUUUAUAUAGUUUCUGAGCAUUAAGGUGAAAGGAAAAAGCUGUUUUAAAGAUUUAGAAAAAAACUUGUACUUUAAUUAAAUUUUUUUCUGUCAUUAAUAUAUCACCAGAUCAAGUUGGCUCACAUUAAUUUAUUAUAAACCAGGUGUUUUACUAUUUAAUGUAGUGUCUAUACACUUUUCAGUGUAAAUGUAGAUACAGACUGUAGUUUGAUUUGGCCUUUAAACUCAUUCUGCUAUUUUAGUUGUUUAUUUAUUACUAUUUACUGUUUAUUGGUCACUUUAAACAACCAAUAACAAAAUCAAGUAUAUUGAUUUAGUUGCGUUUUCCCAGCAUUCCCAGUCUGCAGUGGCUGCUGCUGCUCCCUUUUCUGUUUUGCUGAAGUAUUCAGAAGUGGGACAUGAAAUGAUUAAAAUCCCCUCUAUCAUCACUUAGAUAUGAUUUUUGCCAAACUGGCGAAAAGCUGUACGUCAGCACCGGGACAAAUCAAAUAUAAACUAUCCGGGUUGGUGUCGCCCACGUACGACGCUGUGGGUUAUGUUGCAUACCCUCAGGUCUGCUCUACAAGAACUAAGCCACCCUUUCUUUGCAGCAUGGUGUCUGGUUUAGAGUGGGCAGGUUGACAUAUACAGAAUUGGGGAGGCACGCACUCACACCUACCAAUAUGCGGUUUCCUUACGGUAAAAGCACAGGCUUUUUUCUGCAACUUCAUCGGUACCUCAGCCUCAGCACACAUCAUUUCGGUGGUUUUGGCAAGUGGUUUCCAUGGAGGUGGGGUUUUGUCACUUAAGCCUACGUUCCAGUCUAUUCUUCUUAAGCUUUCCUUUGAUCGUGUUUCAUAUGUUUGAGCAGGUUUUUGAGCUGUCACUGCUACCAAAUUAUUUAAUCCAUGCUUCUCAAUUUAGGUACUUUCAACGCCAGUUAAGUCAUGGAAUGAUAACUGAAGUAAGUAGUGGUGCUAUAUUUAAUCCCAAUGUACUAAAGUUGGCAAAUCAUGAAGCGCCACAAGCAUAUCAUUUAUUUUUGUCCAUGUACAUUAUGUGAGAGAGAGGUGGCAUUUCUUGAAAAUUAUUCUUGUCUUUUAAACAUAACAUUUUUAGAUGUUUUUUAAAAUAAUUUGUACUAUUUUCCUUCAUAGGAAGUGCAAAGUAUACACAUAGAUUGUGUAUGGUAGUGAGAAACAGGAAGGAUGUCGACCUCUGAGACGUCAAGCAUUUUAAAGACAAAUGUUUAUUCAGUGCAU